AUGGUAAUGUUUUUUGAAAUUUUAUUAAAAAUUUUAACAAUCAAUUUAAUUUUUAUUUAUUCUACAGUAGCUGUUGAAAAAGAUGAUGAAGCUUGUAGAAUUUUAAAAAAAGAAUUUGAAGAGAUAUGUUUUUCAUCAACUAAUACUGCUGCUCUCAUUGAAACAGAAACAUUUUGUUCAGCUUUCAAACAAACUUGUGCUCAUAUCGUUGAUGUCAAAACUUUGUUAUCAAGAACAGUACAAAAUAAAAGAUAUUGUAAAAAAUAUCGUGAUGUAUUUCAAUUUGUCUGUCCAGAGCCAACAAGAUUUGGUAAAUAUUCAAAUGAUGCAAUGAAUUUUUGUCCAAGAUAUCAAACACGAUGUCCAAAUGAACCAUUACCAUCUCAACCAAUGGAACCACAAAAAAAAAAACAUAUAUAUUUUAGAGAAAUUAAUUUUAUCUGUGAAGAUUAUGAAGAAACAACAAAAUUAUAUUGUACAAAUCCAGUUACAUUAAAAGUUAAAAAAAUUAAAAUAUUAUGUUUUAUUUAUAAAACACUUUGUAUUGAUACAUUAACAAAAGUUAUAUAUCAAGGAAAAACAAGUCCCAAUUAUGGAUGA